AUGGCUACGCAUAGCGAUUAUUCCGACGAAGAGUCCCAACCAGGCUCCCCCGUCCUUGGCAAUACCAACAACGCAGUCGAUGAUGUUGACGAUCAAGAACCCCUCGAACAAGAACAAGAAACCAACUCCCUCAAAUCCUCUCUAAAACAGCGGACUUCGGUUCCCCCAAUGCCUCAAGAGAAGAAACCAGAGCUUCCAGAACAGCCAGAUCCACAAACUCUAGACCUGUCUAUCCUCACGGCAUUGACACCUGAAAUCAUCGCACGACAAGCUACUAUCAAUAUUGGGACCAUUGGACAUGUCGCACACGGCAAAUCGACGGUGGUAAAGGCUAUCUCUGGAGUGCAGACGGUCAGAUUCAAGAACGAGCAGGAGAGAAAUAUUACCAUCAAGCUGGGUUAUGCCAAUGCCAAGAUUUAUAAAUGUGACAGUGAGGAGUGUCCCCGGCCCGGGUGCUACCGGAGUUACAAGAGUGAGAAGGAAGUGGACCCCCUUUGUGAAAGAGAGGGAUGUACUGGGAGAUAUCGUCUCCUCAGACACGUGUCCUUCGUCGACUGCCCUGGUCACGACAUUCUCAUGAGCACCAUGCUUUCAGGAGCAGCUGUCAUGGACGCUGCGCUUCUCUUAAUUGCAGGCAAUGAAUCCUGCCCCCAGCCCCAAACCUCAGAGCAUCUGGCAGCCAUAGAGAUCAUGAAACUCAACCAUAUCAUCAUCCUCCAGAACAAAGUCGAUCUGAUGCGUGAAGACGGCGCCCUUCAACACUACCAGUCAAUAUUGAAAUUCAUCCGUGGCACCGUCGCAGACGGAUCCCCCAUCAUCCCCAUCUCCGCUCAGCUGAAAUACAACAUCGACGCCGUUAACGAAUAUCUAGUCUCGCACAUCCCAGUGCCCCUCCGCGACUUCCAAGCUGCCCCGCACAUGAUCAUCAUCCGCUCCUUUGAUGUCAACAAGCCCGGCGCGGAAAUCGAAGAGCUACGCGGUGGUGUAGCUGGUGGUAGUAUCCUCACCGGCGUGCUGAAGCUAGGCGACGAGAUCGAAAUCCGCCCCGGUAUUGUCACCAAGGAUGAUCAGGGCAAGAUCCAAUGCCGACCCAUCUUCAGCCGUGUCGUCUCACUACUAGCUGAACAAAAUGACCUCAAAUUCGCUGUACCAGGCGGUCUGAUCGGUGUAGGCACACGCGUCGACCCAACACUCUGCCGUGCCGAUCGUCUGCUUGGUUUCGUCCUAGGGCAUCGAGGCCGCCUACCGGCCAUUUACACUGAGAUUGAAGUGAACUAUUUCCUCCUGCGAAGAUUGCUGGGUGUCAAAACUGCCGAUGGCAAGCAGGCGAAGGUAUCCAAGCUGGCAAAGAACGAGGUGCUGAUGGUGAACAUUGGAUCGACAGCGACGGGCGCAAAAGUAAUGGGUGUCAAGGCUGAUGCGGCCAAAUUGAGCUUGACGAGCCCUGCGUGCACGGAGAUUGGGGAGAAGAUUGCGCUGAGUCGACGGAUUGAUAAGCAUUGGCGUUUGAUUGGAUGGGCGAAUAUUGUUGCGUAG